CCGCCACACUCGGAGCGCCAUUCACAUUGUUUGGGCCGUUAGGGCGGUUGGCGGUAAAUCGCCGCCCAGCGGCGGUUGCGUCGCAGCCCGAAGCGUGACUCGGCGCACGCUCCCUUUCCGCUGCUCGGCUCCUCCACUCAGAGCCGGGGACGCGGCGCUCCCAGGAGGCCUUGCGCGGCCCAGGGCGCUUUACAAUAGAAGCUCGGUCGGCGAGGCCUGCGGAGGAGCGCUAGGGGAACCGCCGCUUCCGGCAUGUUCAGCUCCGGCCGGAGAGCCGCCGACACAUGGAGGGCGGGGGAGAGACUCCAAUGCCCAGAGGGCCCUGCGCGGGCGGCGCUUGCGCGAUGCGCGGACGGGGGGGCGGUCGGGCCAUUUAAAUGUGUGUUUGUGGGUGAAAUGGCUGCGCAGGUCGGAGCGGUGCGCGUAGUACGGGCGGUGGCGGCGCAGGAGGAACCGGACAAAGAGGGAAAGGAGAAACCCCACGCUGGGGUCUCGCCGCGGGGCGUGAAGCGGCAGCGGCGGGCCAGCAGCGGGGGUUCUCAGGAGAAGCGGGGGCGGCCGAGCCAGGACCCCGCUCUCGCUCCCCCUCACCGGCGGCGUCGCAGCCGCCAACAUCCCGGGCCGCUGCCGCCGACCAAUGCAGCAGCCCCGGCCGUCCCGGGCCCUGUGGAGCCUCUGCUCCUGCCGCCUCCGCCGCCGCCUUCGCUGGCGCCCUCCGGGCCCGCUGUCGCUGCCCCGCUCCCGGCCCCGGGCACCUCGGCCCUCUUCACCUUCUCGCCCCUGACGGUGAGCGCGGCCGGGCCCAAGCAUAAGGGCCACAAGGAGCGGCACAAGCACCAUCACCACCGCGGCCCCGAUGGUGACCCCAGCUCCUGCGUCCCGGGCGAUCUCAAACACAAGGACAAGCAGGAAAACGGCGAGAGGACCGGAGGACUGCCUCUCAUCAAGGCCCCCAAGAGAGAAACACCAGAUGAAAAUGGUAAAACCCAGAGAGCUGAUGAUUUUGUCUUGAAGAAAAUAAAGAAGAAAAAGAAAAAGAAACACCGGGAAGACAUGCGAGGAAGACGUCUUAAAAUGUACAAUAAGGAAGUACAAACAGUCUGUGCUGGCCUGACUCGCAUCAGUAAGGAAGUUCUCUCCCAAGGACAACUCGGUAGCACUUCAGGAGUUAAUAAGGAAUCCUUCAGGUAUCUGAAAGAUGAACAGCUAUGCCGAUUAAAUUUGGGCAUGCAAGAAUAUCGGGUACCCCAGGGAGUACAAACACCUUUUGUGACUCACCAGGAACAUUCUAUUCGUAGGAAUUUUUUAAAAACAGGUACUAAAUUUAGCAACUUUAUUCAUGAGGAGCACCAGUCCAAUGGUGGUGCUCUUGUCCUUCAUGCUUACAUGGAUGAACUCUCAUUUUUGUCUCCAAUGGAGAUGGAGAGAUUUUCUGAGGAGUUUCUUGCUUUGACAUUCAGCGAAAAUGAGAAAAAUGCUGCUUACUAUGCUUUAGCAAUAGUGCAUGGAGCGGCCGCUUAUCUCCCAGACUUCUUGGACUACUUUGCUUUUAAUUUUCCCAACACUCCAGUGAAAAUGGAAAUUCUGGGCAAGAAAGAUAUUGAAACAACCACGAUUUCAAAUUUCCACACUCAGGUCAACAGGACAUACUGCUGUGGCACCUACCGAGCAGGUCCUAUGCGACAAAUAAGUCUUGUUGGAGCAGUAGAUGAAGAAGUUGGUGAUUAUUUCCCAGAGUUCCUUGAUAUGUUAGAAGAAUCUCCAUUUUUAAAAAUGACUUUGCCCUGGGGUACACUUUCCAGCCUCCGGCUGCAGUGUAGGUCCCAGAGUGAUGAUGGGCCUAUCAUGUGGGUGAGGCCAGGAGAGCAGAUGAUCCCAACAGCAGAUAUGCCAAAGUCACCCUUCAAACGACGACGAUCAAUGAAUGAAAUUAAAAAUCUCCAGUACCUACCUCGGACCAGUGAGCCCCGUGAAGUUCUCUUUGAAGAUAGGACAAGAGCUCAUGCUGAUCAUGUAGGUCAGGGGUUUGACUGGCAGAGUACGGCUGCUGUUGGGGUUUUGAAAGCUGUACAGUUUGGUGAAUGGAGUGACCAGCCACGCAUAACCAAAGAUGUGAUUUGUUUUCAUGCUGAGGAUUUUGCUGAUGUUGUACAGAGACUUCAGUUAGACCUUCAUGAACCUCCAGUUUCCCAGUGUGUACAGUGGGUGGAUGAAGCUAAACUAAACCAAAUGAGACGGGAAGGCAUUCGUUAUGCUAGAAUUCAACUCUGUGACAAUGAUAUCUACUUCAUCCCUAGAAAUGUCAUUCAUCAGUUCAAAACAGUGUCAGCAGUGUGCAGCCUAGCCUGGCAUAUAAGGCUUAAACAGUACCACCCUGUUGUGGAAGCCACUCAAAACACAGAAAGCAAUUCCAAGGACUGUAGUUUACCUGGAAAGCGAGAAUUAGAGGUUGACCCUCAGUGUGUGAGAAUAAAAACUGAAUCUGAAGAAACAUGCAAAGAGAUGCAGCUUUUGACCACUGCUUCGUCGUCCUUCCCACCUUCCUCAGAACUUAAUCUCCAGCAAGAUCAGAAGACUCAGCCUAUUCCAGUUUUCAAGGUGGAAAGUAGACUGGACUCUGACCAGCCACACAAGCUGCAGGAACAUUCAAGCACUCCUGUGUGAUAUGUACAUAUUCAAACACAUUUUUUAACUUUUUUAAAUUUUGAUGUGAAGUUAUAGUUUUAUAACUGGCUUAAGUUAAGUUUUAUUGGAGAAAUCUUGCCUAUAAUUCUAUAAAGAGAAAUGACAUUCCACAAAUGUCAAGCAUAUCUUUUUUACACAGAUUAUGCAAAGUUAAGAGUUGUAUCUUAUCCUGUUAGUACAGUAUGUAAUAGUGGGUCUGCUGCUACUUUCUGUUUUAAGGUGUGAGGUAACAAUUCAAUCUCUUCUUUAAAUCAAAAUGAGAAUUCUCUGGAAUAACAGAUUCUUAUUUGGUAAAUUAUUCACUUCCCCUUAAUUUUUAUCUUGCCUUGUCUCUUGCCAUAUUUUUAUCAUCACAUUUAUGAUUUAGUACUUGUGUCUUUAUGGCACAAAAUUCAGUUUUCCAUGGUAAAAAUGGCAUAGGUUGCAGGAAGAGUUCCUGCAUCUGUUUCAUGGGCAAGUUAAGUUAUUCAGUUCUAACCACAAAGAAUGACUCGUUUCUAAGGAAAAUCCAGUGGCUCUCUGGUUUCUUAACAAAAGAGAAAGCACAGCACUUUCUUAUCCAAACUUUUAUUUUUGUAUCUGUUACUUUAAAGCCCAGUGGGUAUUUGGAUAUUUCAAUUAAAAAAAAAAAUCUAAAGAUAAAUAGUCCUUGGUCAUUCAUUACCCAUGGUCCAUUAAUCUUUUCUAGAAUAUACGGUAGCAAUGGAGGAUUAUUUCAGGUAAAAGAGAUAAUGUUGACAUGACACACUGUUCUGCUUCCUAGCAUCCUCACAUUCCGUGUGGACACUUUUACUUCCUAAAUGGAUCACAAGUAUCAGACAUGGAGAUUUCAAAUGAUAUCAGCCUUUCUGAUGAGGCUGCCAAACUUAGCAUCAAACUUAGAAAAAACUAUUUUGGUUACUUGGCAUCAACCUCUUCAAUAUAAAUAUCUGCUGUCAAGAAACUUAAGUUCAGUUUUAACUGGUGAAUGCCUAGGUUUAUUUACUAUGACUGUGUUGCUGUUUUCUAAUGAAGAAUAUGGCACUAGAUUUCAUCAGUAGCAUUUCCAGUAGCCUAAUGGUUAGUGCCUGAGUAUUAAAUUUUUUAAUUUUUCCAACAGGCACAAUUCAUAUAGCUAGUAUGGUCUUUCUAUUAUUUUAGAAUGUGAAUGUGAUACACAUCACGCUUUCUCUUAGUUAAUCAUACAAUGAUAGGCCUUUUGUUUAUUAAAGGAAGAGUACUCCCCACACCUAAGACCAGAUUCUUGUAUCUACCUGGUUUCAGUGCAAUUUGAAGAUUUUUUUUCUUGGAUGGUGAGAUUUGAAAUAGCUACAUUAACAUAGGCAAAAAAGAAAAAAAAAAGAAGAUGCUGCUUUAUAAUGUCUGUCACCAUGAAAACAUAGCUGCAUCUUUUGAAAUAUCAAAUAUGAAUUUUCUCUAAAAUAUUCUGAAAUAGUUUAAAUCUUAUAUAAAUAUUACUUUGUGCAAUAUUGUUGUGUAGUUAAAUGCAUAUUAGCAAAGUAUAGCGGUCACUGUGUAAACCGAUAGAAGAGUAACCAUCAACAAAUACUGCAGUGAUUAGUUAGGACCUGUAUUAUUCCUUAUAUAUAUAUAUAUAUAUGUACGUAUGUAUUCUCUGUUACAAAGGGUGAAGACAAAUAGGGAAACAUUUUAAUGUAAACCAUUUAUGAAUUGGAAGUGAUGUUGCUUUUAGUUAUCUCUGUAAAUAAGGUAAUUAGAAUGAUAUGAACGAUAAUGUGAUUAUUGCAGGGGUGUUUUUAAAUCUUGAGUAUAAAUUCUAGGGUAAAUUCUAGUUUAUCAAGACUAGUUUUUAAGGGACCUGCCUUUGAGGGUAUAUUUUGUUGUUGUUUUGUGGGGAAGGAGGUUAAUCACAAAGUGUGUGAGUUUGAGUUACUUCUUGUUUUUAUUUUUUUCUGUCCAGAAGAAUUUCAUAGAGCUUUACCAGGCUGUGCAAAGUAAAAUUCUUCUCAGGCAACAUUUGCUUUUUAAAAUAAUCAUGAAGAGCAAGGUUGUUAAAGCAAAAAGUGUUUAUUUUUAUGUUACUUGUCUUCCAAGAUCCAGUUUCCCCAUCUCCCACUUGCCAUCCAGCAGAUGCCAUCUGUCAUCUAAGCUGGUCAUUACUGAUACACAAGGAUACUGUCUCCUGAGAGCCAGCACUGUGUACAAUCACUCAGGAACCAGCGGAUCUGCAAAGACCUACAAUCAAAAGUAAAGCCCUGUUUUCCUUUUACAAAACAUUUACCCUCACCUCCAAUAUAAACACAUUAAAGGAAUACUAAAAAUGUUUAAAAUCAUGUACUAAUAAAUUCAUUGUAUGUUAGAAUUGCAAUAGAAAGGAGAGAAACAUUUAGCUAGUAAUGUAUCUGGAAACACUGAAUGUCCUAUGUGAGUGAGUAAUAGAUUUUAAUAGCAUGCUUUAAAGACUGAUUACUAUAAAAGCAGUUUUGAGUUUCUUACUGCUUUCAAAACUGUAUCCUAGUUUAUUGAUACAAGUGACUGCAACUUUUCUAAAUCAUUAAAUUAUUUGGUUUGGUAGAGUGAGGCAUGGAACAAUCUGGCGUCUUCUAAUUUGUAAAGUAGUGAUGGCAGUGAAGUUGUUAACUGAAACUUAAGCUGAUCUUCCUUUUUGGUAUAUUAUCUGUUGUGCCAACUCUUGAGAUUACUUGCAGAAUGUGGGUAUAUGUUUUAGUAUUUUGUGGAGCAGAGGGAUAUUUUUAAAAUGUGCUUAUGGAAAAGACCCAAUACAUGAAUAUUCCUACCUUAAAUAAAAGAAUGAUUUUAUGGUAUCCAUUAAGAAGGAUAAAUGUCUUCCCCUGCCCUGGAAGUCAUUCUAUAAUUACCAAGAUAUGCUAGGAAGGAUUAUGAUUCAAAGAAGGAUCCCAAAUUCAUAAAGCAAUAAUAAUAACCUACAUAUUAGUUUCCCCCUUCCAAAGUUUUUAACUCUAAAAUUGAAUCUGUAGGCCUAAUUGUACUUUUAAUUUGCUUCGUGAGUACUUACAAUGUGUUUUAACUUGUACUUUAUUAUUUGUAAUUAAAGACUUUUGGCAAGUGCCUUUUCCCCUUAGAGACAGUUGGAAUAUCAGUUGACUAAUAUUACAAGCUCUUGUAGGGGGAAAAAGGAGCUGAUUAAAUAAAAUUCUUUACUAAAUCUUAGAAAAAGAUGUCUUGCAUCAGUCUUAACAGACAUAAAAGGUCAUUUUAAAGACUGAAGAGACUUUUGCUUAUUGCCUUUCCCUAUAUAAAUACUAUUAUCUAGAAUGAAAGCUAAUAUAGGAACAAGACUCCAAAAUCCAUGAAAAUCCUUACUGAAUAUAUUCUCAAUCAUUAGUAUUAGCCCAUUAUAUUUUCAUCUGUAUUUGCCAUUGAAAUUUUAUUUUCAUUUAUACUUUAGGAUAAUUGAGUUUGUGUUAGUCAAUCUGUUGGAUCAUUGCUACAGGUUUCCAGAGGAGGAAACUUUCACUAGCACAUGCCAGAGGUUCACGUGUGGGCUAGAUUAUAAUAUUUUCAAAACAGGUUGUAGCUCUAUUUAUUGGUCAUGCAAGUAGAGGAAAUGCACAGAACAAAUGUUUCCUGUAGCACAUAAGGAACGUCUCCUCAUCUUGAAAGUUUGUUGCUUUAAAAGCAAGUAUCUCUCCAUAAAUAUUAUGGCCUUCCAUUUUUCUUCAUGACAUUUUUUAGGAUCCACUUGUGCAUGUAGUUGAGACCACUGUCUCUCAAAAAUAUAGCACUUUUCAAUUCUCUCUAAAGAAAUACUUAUGUACUACUAUCACACGUUGUAAAUUUUCAUGUAAUAGUGUUUUCUGUGACUAAACUCCAUUUUGAUUGGCAGCUAAGACUUUUUUUUUUCCUGUGGCUUUAAUUUAUCUAAGAGGUCUUUGCAUAUAGAUGAAAUGUAUAAUUUGCCUGGCGGACUAUUUGCGUUGUGUGGCCUUAGUUUGUUUUUUGACAUUAACGAGUGUUUUAAAAAGGUUUUUAAUGAAUAGUCUUAAAUCUAAAUUUGUGUGAAUAAUAAUAAUCCUUUUAACACAGUGCUUUUUUGUAGCUGUCUAAGUGUGUUAAAUUGUUAAGCUAUUUCUUUGUAAAAUAGGACAAUGGAAUGCAUAGAGAUUUUUUUUUCCUGUAAAGUAUUUUUUUAAUAAACAAAGUCUGAUUUGUCCUUUA